AUGGCCGUCGACUCUGCAUCAGAACUCCAUCUAUACUCGUUGCCUAAUGAGGUGUUCGUCCAAAUUCUAACGCCGUUUACUACUCGCGAACUCCUCGAUCUGGCCGCAGUCUCCCAACGCUUCCAUGCCCUAGUCCUGCGUCUCUUGCAUUACCGACUCCUUCUUUCAGCGCAAUUGACAGAUUACAAACUGAUCCUAGAAUGCUAUCACCCAACAUCCAAGCUGACCGAGCCGUACGCCUUCUGUAAAUACCUCGGCACACCUGGCCUAAGUGACAAGUACGAGGGAGAAGGUUCACUCUACGAGAACAUAGACACUGCACACAAACUUGAGAGACUUGGAACAUUAUACUCUGUGUUCAAGCCAGAAGAGACCGAGGAGACGCUGGAUACCACGGUUCCGAAGGAAGAUUCACUCGCAGUACGACGACCCGUCAGUAUCGAAAGCUUCGAAGAUUUCUACCAGCUAUGCGUGGUCGUGAACGUGGUGAAGGUUCUCCCAGGGACUGAUGUCUUUCUGAGCGCCGUAGGUGUCGAGGACGGUGUGAUGAGGCUGUUCAGAGCCUGGCUCAAAAGCCAGGUUGGUCGCCCACAGGACUCGCGAGAACAAGAACACACCCCUGUAAAUCAAGAUGAUGGAGUCUUGUGGGUUGACCAAAGCAAAAAUGUCGGCCUGAAAUUUCGAGUCCGCGAGAUCACCAAGCCAGAUUCCAACUUCCCUGUGCUAAUCCAUCGAGACGAAGAAACGUUUUCCAGCUAUGAGAUUGUGAUUGAUGAGCUUCAUAUCCGUACCACGCGUCUGCUCUUGACUGUAGAGCAGUCGCUUCGGGAGCAACACAGUCAUCCCAAAGCUGUUAUCUUCACGAGCAUGGGUUAG